AUGGAGUCACUUUCCCCGUCAAAUGCAAAUAGCCCUCAUACCCCGAGCUACACUCGCCCAUAUCGUUCUAAGCGUCAUCCGCCUUGUGACCCAUGUCGUCGAAAGAAGUUAAGAUGUCAGGCGGAGAGAGGAAAUACUUGUCAAAGAUGUCAAACUUCUGGUUCUUUGUGCACUUUCGGUGGCCUUCAGGCUGUUCAUCAGCCAUCGACGGCACUCGCCGACGCGAAUCAAGCGUCUCCUCCUUCAGCCCAACAAGUGACAGCUGUGCAGCCCGUGGAGGAGCUACACGCCGCAUCAGAGCCUAUCCUCCCCUUAGGCCCCUCAGCUGGCCCUGAUUCAGGAGAAGUCCCGUCAAGCGAACCCGUUACGACGGCUCCAGCAACUUAUCACUUUCCAGAGAGGCCUCCAGCUCAGGCGAUCCAGACAUUAGACCAGCUGAAAGGCUUCUCAUAUCAAGUCACUGGGGCCUCAGGCGAAUCAGACCCAUGGCUUCUCCGGCAUUGCAAAUUCGACGACCAUGGUUUUCUUCUUUUCCAUCAGGUACAUUUCCGGAAUGCGGGAGGGCUUCCGCUUGACGAAAAGAUUCCCGUUCACUUUCUAGUAACUACGGACGAGUUGUAUGGGCCCGCAAAGGAAGAAACAGCCAUUCCCAGGAGUCAGAGUCGAAGGGAGGAAUUGAAUGGCCUGGUUCCCCUAGACUGCGGCCAAAAACUGGUAGCCUUGUUUGUAAAAUUCAUCUUCCCGACUCUUCCUGUCAUCUCUAGGUCAUUAUUUGGUCUCACCUUUACUCGCAUCACACCCGAUCAACACGUUCUUAACAACAUGCCGGUCCAUCUCCUGGCCGCCAUAUACGCUUCGGCACAACCAUUUACCAAGUUUGACGAGUAUCUCUCAGUUCUCAACGCUUACUCAACACCGCCAACUGAGCAGCUCUGGCGCAUGGUGUGGGAGAUUCUUCUACAAGAGAUCCACACCCCUCACUUAGCAGUCCUGCAAGCAGGACUGCUUUAUUUGCACAAAGCACCAGGAAAGAGUCAAAGUGCUGUUGCUGACAGCGCAUCUGUAUGGUCUUUUGUUGGAUUACUCGUCGGACUUGCUACAUCGCUCGGCCUUCAGAUGGAAUGUGGGCCGAUGGGCCUUCCUGCCUGGGAGCGCCGACUGCGACGAAGACUAUGGUGGGCAAUUUAUGCCGAGGACAAAUGGAGAAGCCUCCUGAUGGGUCGGCCCCCGUAUAUCAGACAAAAUGAGUGGGAUGUAACAGAACUCGAUGACAAUGAUUUCCAUAUUGAUGAAGCGCAAAUCGUUUUGUUGUCGCCUCCGAGAAGCCUGCUGGCACAAGAUGUACUGCAUGCACAGCAAUUCCAAUGUUUCGCUCGUCUGUCUCUCAUAGCAGAUGAGGUGCAGCAUGACCUUUAUGCUCUGCGAUCCUCACAACGCUUAUCGUCGAAUUUCCCGGAAUCUUUCAAAACCGCUCGUCCACUUCUUCAAAAGCUGAGGGAAUGGUACGUCCAUUUACCGGCACCACUCAGACUGCAUGAUAGGCUUUUCGCAUCCAUUGACGGGACAGGUCCACAAUUAACCUGUCUUCAUUUUGCAUACACGCUUUUGGAAGUGUUCAUCUUCCGCGCUCUUCUGCGACCUAUGGUCCGGUCUGCUACUCCGCCACCCUUGUUCGAAGCCACAGAAGCCUCAACCAACUUCACCACAGCACUCGAUGACUACAUCUUCCAUAUCAUGGAAUCUGACGAAAUCGAACCCACCCCGGCAAUAGACCUGUCAAACGAGAACGGUGCGGGGAGCGCUGUUCUCAAAGCGGCCGAGAACUGCGCCGCGAAGAUGCUUCGAUUGGUAAUGAGAAUGGCAUAUAGUGACUUGGCUGGGUAUUGGUUCUCAUGGUCUCGGAUUGGCUUCGCGACUGUUUCCAGCUUCAUGUUACUCUUACUCGUGCAAGCACCCUCGAAAGAGCAUGCUAUUAGGGCCAGACGAUUAGUGCACAUGUGGCGACAGGCGCUUCGAAGGCAGAGCGAGGGUUCCUCGUUGAUGAAUUUGGCUCUGGUACGGUUGGAUGGAAUCCACUGGACCGGACUGUGCCGGAAUUAUUACCUUCCAAAGCAUGUUAAGGAAGCGCUUGAUGAGACUGUGUACCAGUAG